AUGACAGGAGAUAGAACAUUAUUUACCAUUUUUAAGGAAUGUUCAGUUGGUACUGUUACUUUUGGUGAUGGGAAAACUUCUACAGUAAGUGGUAAAGUUACUGAUGAGGCUGUUUUAUGGCAUAAAAGACUUGGACAUGUGAAUUAUAAUGAUUUAGUGAAUUUGUCUAACAAUGAUCUUGUUCGAGGUUUGCCUAAAUUGAAGAUGCCUAAGAAUGAAAUAUAUGGUCCAUGUCAGUCUAUUUGCCAACUUAUUCCAAAUGAGAAGGGAUAUCGAAUUAAUCGGAUUAGGAGCGACAAUGGAGGUGAAUUCGAACCUAAGAAAUAUAGGGAACCCUUGGGAAAAUUUGACUCUAGAAGUAAUGAAGGUGUGUUUUUGGGUUAUUCACAAACUAGUCGGGCUUAUAGGGUUUUGAAUCUUAGAACCAAAGUGGUCAUGAAGUUUAUAAGUGUUGUAUAUGAUGAUACAAAAUCGAAGAUAACCUCUUCUCAACUUGAUGAAGAAGAAACUAAUUUUAACAUUGCAGGAGAAAGGAAAGAAACUAUAAUUCAUGAGGAAGAAAGAGUUGAGGAUUUAGGUGGAGAAGGUGAAGAGGUUAAAGAAGAUGAGGAUAAGGAAUUAGAGGUCACCACUGAUGACCCUAUAGGAAUUCCUGCACCAUCUCUAUAUGUUCCCACAUCCAGCAGUUCUAGAGUUAGAUUGAGUCACCCAAUUGAUAAUGUGAUAGGUCCAUGGGAUAAGCAUGGUACUAGGAGUAUAGUCCGUGAUGAUGUAGGACACUCAUGCAUUGUAGAUGAUAUUGUUCACUCAUGCCACAUGGCUCAGUUUGAACCUAAAAAUGUUGAUGAAGCUCUUCAAAAUUCUGAUUGGCUUAUGGCUAUGAAAGAAGAAUUGCUUCAAUUUGUGAAGAAUUAUGUCAAAGUUAGGAUUGCAGGUUGUGGUUAA